AAGAAGAAGAAAGAAGAAAAAAAACAUAAACAAAAUAAAAAAAGUUUAAAGGCACUCAGUAAAUUAAUAUAAACACAUUUUUAACUGUAAUAUCUUCUGAUAACGCAGAUGAUAAAUGUUAUUAAAAAAUAUUUUAUGCGUAAUUGCAUCAAAUUGAUUAAUUAGAUGGAAAAAAACAAAACAAGAAAGGAAAAAUGAUAACAUUUUUUUUAAAUUUGCAACUAACUGUAACGAUAAACAUUUUGAGAAAAAAUUAAAAUAAACUUAACAGUGACAAACAUAAAUUAAAGUGCAUUUAUUUUAUUGUAGAUCUCUACAUCGCAUCGACUGAAAUAUAUUUUUAAUAAACUUACAAAUUCACUUUAACGUUUUUUUUAAAAGUGAGCAACAAGGAGUAUAAAACCCAGUUAGAACACUGAGCAACAAAUGUUAUUUACUAAAAAAAAAUUCUUUACAAAGAGAUUUGUGAUUUUUCGAUAUUUAAGAUUCUGAAAAGAAAGAUUUCACUGUUCUAAUUGUAUAACUAAUUGAUUGAUUGUGGAUAAGAAAAGAAAACGUUUCCAGGACAACGUGAUCAAAUUGUUUUAUUGAAUAAAAAAAAAUGAAAAAAAAAAUGAGAUCAUAAUUACAUAUUUCGUAAUAUUAUGAUUGUGUAGAAGAAAAGUAUCAUAAAUAGUACAGAAUCAGUCAGAUCAAGCACCAAACAAAUUCUACUAUUGCCAAAAAUAUCCCUUCAGUAAUUGAUAAUUGUCGGAGUCACAAUGAUUUUUCCGGAAGAAAUUUGGAAAUAUAUCCUUUGUCAUCUUGACAAGGACAAUUUAAAACGAUGUUUGCUUGUGUCAAAUGAAUUUCGAGAACUCAUUAUAAAAACGCCUGAACUUAUGAGGAAACUUCCUGUAAUUUUCUUCAAUGAAUCCUGGAAAACAAAGCUUUCAUUUAUUGAACAAUAUGGAGUCUUUGUCCGCUCCAUAAAGUUUGACGAUUGUGGAUUUAAAUCUAUUAAAGAUGUUAGAAAUAUUCUAAUACAGACGCCUAAUGUUGAAACAUUGAUUUUCUAUAAUUGCUACAUCUUGGAAGCUCAAGAAAUUCACAAUGAAGAAAGAGGAUUUAAUGCUAUCUUAGGAAAUGCUUAUGGCUUUGAUGGUUUUGUAGUUAAUAAUGAGAAUAAUAAUAAUGAGGAAGAGAAUCAUCAUGAAGUUUCCAACGAAAUCGAUUCUGCGAGAAAUUCAAGUGACUCUGAAGAAGAAGAUCCUCUUGAUUUAUUGAAACUCACAUUUCUUCAUCUUGACAGCUGCAACAUUGCAAAGAAAGUCGUUCAAAAUCUUCGCACUUGUACAACUCUUAAGACAUUUAAAAUUACAUUUUAUUAUCAAAGUCCUGUGAAUUACUUCACCAACUUUAUAUGCCAACAAGACAGUCUUGAAGAACUUCAUUGCGUUGGUUGGUCCGACAUGGUCUUCAAAAGCUUGUUCAAAAACAACAUUAGUAGUGAUCGAAUAAAAUUCAAGCUGAAGAAGUUUUGUCUUGAAUGUGAGCUUGGUUACCAUGAAAACUUUUCAAAGUUCCUCCGUUCACAAGCUGGAAACUUAAAAGAGUUGGAUCUGACUUGCUACAACAUAAACUUUCAUUAUUAUCGCUUAAUAUUUAACAGCUUUAAAAAUCUUACAUCAUUGACCUUACCAACAGAUUGGUUUCUCACUGAUGAUCGAGUAAACGAUAUCAAAGACUGUAAAAUUCCAUCUUUAAAAGAAUUGGAACUUAUCGGAGCAAAUGACGAUGUCGCUUCGUUUAAAACAGUAGUUGAAAUAUUCCCCAACAUUGAAGUCCUAAGAGCUGAGAAUCUUAUGUACUUCUCACUCAAAGAUAUCUUAGAAAACUUCUCAAACCUUCGACAUCUUAAAGCAGAAAACUUUCGUAUCGAGACGAUGCUGUUUGUAAACUUACCAAGUCUGAAAAUUGUUGAAAUUUCAUAUCUUUUUCCAAUGGCAAUGAGUUUCCUUUGGGAAAAUUUUGCACAAAGUUGUCCCAACAUUGAAAAGUUGAUAAUUAAAGAUAUUGGACAUUUUAAGCUUAAUGCAUCGAUUAAAAAAGAAAUUGGAUUAAUUAUCAAAAAUCUUGUUAACUUUAAGGAACUGAAAUAUUGUGAGAUUAUUUGUUCACUUCAAGAGCCGAUGGUGAAUGCUGAUGAAGACCAACAAGACGCUCAUCAAUUCUAUGAACAUCCUUUUUAUAAAAUUAUCAUUGAAAACUUUUCCGAUGAUGAAAAAGUUAUCAAAGUUUCGCAAUAUUUCGCCCAGCAUUGUUUAGAAUAUGUGAAUGUUUUGAAAGACAUUUUCGCCAACUGUGAUAUUAUCGAAGUGUGAAUGAUUUGAAAUUGAUAAACUUUAAAACGCUGGAAAAGAAAAUUUUCAUAUCCAACUUCUGGAAAAUUUUCUUUUACUUUAUUUUUCAAAGAAAUAAGCUUUUAGUUAAUAGUUUAAUUUAAUUAAAUAAAAACAAUGAUGAAUUGUUGAUGAUAAACUGAAUUAAUAAAUUUAAUUAUGAGUGAUGACACAAUAAAUGAUUGAAUCUAAAAAAUUGAAAAGUUUAUUUCAUUUUUCUUUAAGCAUUAAAUGAUGUCAAUAAAUUUCAGGUAUGAAUGAAAUCAAUAAAA